UCAUUUCCUAUCCAUUUCCCCGAAAUAAACCCUAAUCAUCUUGAUUUCAUUAUGAUAUCUUUUCCCCAUUUUUACAGUUUUAUGUAAUUGUUUAAUUGAAUGUGGGGACAAUGAGAUCAGUUUUGUCCAUUUCAUGUAAUUUUUUGUCUCGAUUUCAAACAUCUUUAUGUUUCUUCUGUCUCUGUUCGUCGUUUUCAUGUGGGUCGUGUUGUUCUCGAGGAAAAUAGUUUACCCAUCCAUGUUCUGAGUAUGGGUUUUUCAAUUGACUGAAUUUUCCCAGAAGUUUGAAGUAGACAAAGGACAGGGCAGUUUAUUUAGUUAUCCAAAGCUAGAGAAUUUCUGCCAACUUUCCAUGACAAAAUCUAGAAGAGGCCUUUUCAUGUCUACCAUGGUGGUGAAUUUGGAACUUCGAAUCAAGAGCCAAAACGAAUCAAUAUGUUCCAGACAGCUGUUGGGGAGGAUAACCUGUUUGCUUGUCUCGAACCUCUGAUUCGGAAAGUGGUAAGAGAAGAGACAGAAGGUGCCAUUGCCAAAUUUUUCCCCUCAUCUUGCAGCUCAGUCAGUGAAUCUGAAACGACAGAAGGAUAUAGUGUGCAGCUUCUGUUUGAAAGCAAACUGCCUGACCAGAUAUUUACAAACAGUCAGCUGAAAGCUGAGUGUGGCAGACCAUUGAAAAUUCAGCUAUACGAUGCUAAUUCCAAAACUAUUGUAAAAUAUGGUCCACUAUCAUCGGCGAAGGUGGAUAUUGUUGUCAUUCAUGGACUAUUUUCCAGUGAUAGAGAGGAUUGGACUGAGGAGAAGUUCAAUGCCAAAAUUUUAAGUGAAAGAGAAGGUAAAAGACCUUUAUUGGCAGGACCCCAGAGUAUCGUCUUGAAAAAUGGGGUUGGAUUAAUUAGUGAUCUUAGCAUAACUGAUAAUUCCAGCUGGAUACCGAACAAGAAGUUCAUACUGGGAGCUAGAAUUUCACAAAAAAAUUCUGGAGAACAAAGAGUUAAGCCAGCCAUAAGCUAUCCUUUUUCUGUCAAAGACAGCCGUGGAGAGGGGUAUACAAAGCAUUAUCCUCCAAGCUUGCACGAUGAAGUAUGGCGUUUGGAGAGAAUACGAAAAGAUGGUAAAUUCCAUGAGCAGCUUGCUUUGCACGGAAUUGUCACCGUCAAAGACUUUCUCUUGUUGAAUGGAACAAAUCAACCCGAGUUGCGCCGUAUACUUGACCGAAUGUCAGAUAAGACAUGGCGCAAAGUUUUGGGUCAUGCAAAAACUUGCAUUAUGGAUGAUUGCACAGUUUCUAGAUGCCCAAAUGGAUGGAAUGGGGCAUUGGUUGAAGAUCUGAAUAAGCCAAUAUAUCUGAACAGAUUUGAUGGGCAAGCAACCCCUAAAUUGUCAUUGACCUACCAGCAAGCUGGUCCUUCGUCUAUUUCUCCAAAUCUAGGAUUGCAACCUCUGGGACCUGGCAUCGUACUUUCACAAGAGAACCUGCAAAUUCGUGCUCCAAAUACUUACAACAGCGAAGAAGAUGGAGCACAGCCAUCGAUUUUCCAAAUCUAUAACAAUCCCACGGACCAAGCUUUUCCUCAAACACUGCAGCCUGAUUACACUGUAGAAGAAUGUACAUUUCUACCACAAUCUCCAGUUUACUUCACUCCAGCACCAACCGAGCAUGGAAACCAUUUGCUUCUUUCUUCGAGUUAUGCAGCGGAGACUGGAGGGUGUGGCAUUUUCCCUUAUCUGGAUCACGGGGCUGAUAUCUUAAAUGGGGCAGAUUAAGUUUCAAGCUGCUGUUUAGAGUAUAUCAGUUGAAUCUUCAAACCAAAAUGGCUAAGCCAUUCUGAUUCAGAUACCGUCUUGCCAUGCUCGAUUCUAAAAGUGUCAAGCAACUUCAUUUGUGGGUCUUAGUGUCAAGUUACUGCACACCCAAGGAGAAAAGUUUCUGCUAAAUUUGCAGGUCCUUAAUUUGUUUAAAUUUGUUUUUUUCCCUUUUUGGUAGAUACCUAUUAUGUGUUUUCCUGCAAUAUUUUUGCUUUCCCUUGGGGCCAAUGUGUAGCAAAUAGUCUUAGUAAAGAGUCUGCUUUCCUCAUUUUAUCUUUGUUUCAGCUGUGCAAGUUGUAAUUGUUGCAACUUAUAAUCAAUUAGAAAGGGAAAUGUUUUUCUUUACAAUAAACAUGUCAAAGAAUACAGGUUCCUACAUCAGGCGGCCUUAUAGGUCGAGGGAUCGGAUCACCAUGCGGUGACACAACGACAUUCUCGAUUCAAUUUAUAUAGCGUUAUGGAGUACUAUUGAGACAAAUCAGAUACGGCAACUGAAGGAAAAGAAACCAAAGGUAACGAAAUUAUACACUUGGGGGAAAUAGAUCUGAGCAAAGCAUUGAUUUGUAAGAAAUAGUAGUUAUUUCACGUCAAUUCCCCAUCUAAAUAUAUUGGAAGAGAAGAAAUAAUUUCAAAAAAGAAUGAACUUAGAUCUUCGUUCGUCUGGACGAUUAGAGAUUUCGUGAGGCGUCGAGUUGAGUUCUAAAGUUUGGAGUUAAAAAGCCUUUGUUUGAAUGUAAAAGUUGUUUAGUUGGAGUUGGAAAGAGAGAGAUAGAUGGAGCUCUUCUAUAAAUGUGUAUAAUAUUUCAAUAGUGAACACUAUAGAAAUGGGUGGAGUUUGUUAGUUAUGGCCAAACACCCCCCUUACAUUGCAUUGGUAUACUAAAAGCUAUGUUGAUGUGCAUGUGUUAGGCUCACUUUGCACAAAGAAUUGCACUGGUGUGGUGCGGUGCUGUGUUGCCCACACAUCGAUACUACAUGAAAGUGAUGCGUACCUCCAUGGUUGAUGGGGUUGCUGCAUGUAUGGCUCUUUCGCUAUCACGUGUUUGAGGACUUAUUAGAGGUGGAGAUAUUGAGACAAUCAAGUGUUAUGGACACUUAGAUUGGCUCGAUGAUUUUUCUUA